UUCAGUUUUCUUUUGUUUGCCCUCCUCGUUUGCCAUCAUACAUUUUUUUGUGUAUUAUAUUUUGUGUGUUAUUGUUUAUUGUACAUUUUCGUUUCAAUUUCGAUGAAGCACAAGAACAUACAGCCACAGCCACAUCCAUAUAGUAGCACACAGAAAGUACAAAACUGAGACUGAAACUGAAUAAACGCAAAAACACCGACAACGAGACGACCCUUUCCACAAUCAAAAUGGCAAAAAUGUACGGAAAGGGUAAGACGACCGUAGAGUCCGAAGAGCAGCAGAAAAGAAGAUGGCAAAUAGAACUAGAGUUUGUGCAGUGUCUCUCCAAUCCAAAUUAUCUCAACUUCCUGGCCCAACGUGGCUACUUCAAGGACCAAUCGUUCAUCAACUAUCUAAAGUACUUGCAAUACUGGAAGGAGCCGGACUAUGCCAAAUACCUCAUGUACCCGAUGUGCCUGUACUUCCUGGAUCUCCUGCAAUACGAACACUUUCGUCGCGAGAUCGUCAACUCGCAGUGCUGCAAGUUCAUCGAUGAUCAGGCCAUACUCCAGUGGCAGCACUACACCAGGAAGCGAAUCAAACUCAUGGAGAAUGCCGCGGCAGCGCAACAGCAGCAACAACAGCAGCAACAGCAACAACUGCAACAAAGCAAUGGUGGCGAAGCCGCCACAGCUGGCGAGGCGGCAGCCACGGGGGGUAUGAUGGCCACAGCUAAUGGCAAUGGCACGGCAUCCGCCGCUGAGGCACAGCCAUUGGGGGGCUCGGUGCAGCGGGGCGAGCCUGGCCAGGCGCAGGCAGUGAUUCCACAACAACAGCAGCAACAAAUCAAUGGCUUGGCCACAGCGUCAAACAUCAAAUUAGAAUUAAAUUAACGAUGGCAAUUGAAAGUUAACAAAAUAAACUAGUCUAAGUCUUCUAAAA